AUGCCUCGCAGCACCAUGUCGUCUGCAGACGGGUCAGAGCACUACUGGCCCAACAUCAAAAACGCCAUCCUGCAGAACCCAGCAGGUCAGCCAUCCAGUCAGCGCAUGAAGCCUAAGUGCCCUAUCUGCUUUCACACUUUCGACAUCACCACAUUCCGCAGGCCAUCGGGCAACGCACCCACCUGUGUGGUUCUCUUCUGCGGUCACGUCAUGUGCAGGGAGUGUCUUAAAGAGACGGAGGAGUCUGGCCUCGGAGGCGAGGAUAAGAAGUGUCCUUGCUGCCGGACGGCGCUGGCCUGCAGGUGCGGCAAGGCGUCCAAGACGUUCACGGUGCCUGACGCCAACACGGGCCCUAACGCCGUAUUUAAUGCGCCGCUCACCAAGCCCGAGGUCCCCAACGGGAACGUCCAGCCAAAGUGCCACCAAUGCACGGCGUCGGGGGAGUGGCUCGGCCGGAUCGACAACGGGGACUGGCCGAGAGAGGCCGAGACUAUGGAGCCCGGGGCCGUGCGGUUCAUUUACGGGACCAUCGAUGCACUCGAGUCCGAGGGCCGGCCCGUAACUCCUGGGUCUGUCUCCAGCGCGUUUGGGAGCGUCACUAACGAUGAGUACCAGAUGUUGAGCAGCCACCGCGAUGAUUUUAUAAGCCAGCGGAGACCGGAGCUCGAGAGGGAAAAUCCAUGGUUUGGAGGACAUCGUGAGGCUGGUGGACUAGACCGUUACAGUUCUUCCAGUCGCCAUCACGAGCGACGCCGCGAGGUCAACGUCGACUACCAGGCCCCUCUGGAUUCUCCCCUCAGCCCAGCAGCCCUCGCCCGUCGCAGCGAGUUUGAGGAGCGUCGUCGCAUCCACGACAGACUGCCAGAGGAGAGAAGCCUUCAUGAACAGCUCAGUGGGCUAAGCCUAGGAGGUGAACCACGCUUUGAUGCCUUUGGAAGGCCUCAACGCAAUGAGCGGAGAGAUCGUACCCAACAGCUCUACGACGAGCCCGGCUUUGUCGAGCCUCGACGACGAGAUGCUAUGGGUGGUAUGCCUGACUCUGGCGACUUUAGAGAUCGCGGGAUGGGCCGUGAGCCUUGGCAACGAGAUGCCGGCAUGGCCAACCAUGGCGACUUUGGAGGACGUGAGACGGGACGUCAGACUGGCCGUGAUGCCUUCUCUAGUGCCCAAUACGGACGGGAUACCGGCAACCCAUACGCGGAUCAACGCAGACGGGAGACAGACAACCCAUACUCCGGCCAACGCGGACGGGAUUUCGGCAACGAUACCCCACAAGCACGGAACACCGGCAACCCCUACGGCGGCACUCCAUCCGGAGGUGAUGCCGGCAGACACGUCUGCCGGCACCACGUCCCCAACACCCAACGCGACGCAAACACUGGGCGCUACCCCGAUACGCCACGCCCUCGAAUCCUUCAUCCGGAACGCGUGCCAGGCCCGCCAGGCUCAGACCACGCUGAGCUGCUCGCCACGUUUGAAACCUCUCCCGAAGCGCAGAGAAUCUUCCAGGAGGACAUGGAGCAGAAAGCCCGCGGCCGCAUCACACAGGAAGAGCUUUCCGAUCCUGCCUUUAUCGAAUGGCGCAAGCGAGAAGCCGUUGUCGAUCUUGAGUGGUCGAUGGCAUAUCCAUCUGGACGGUAA